AUGGAGAAGAAACUGGCAGUGUUGCACUGCACUGAUGAGCAGAAAGUCCUCUACGCCAUAUUUAAGAUGACGGGAGAGGCCGAGCCGUGGUGGUUAGCUAUGAAGCUGCUUGAGGAGAAGAGGCCAGUAUCAAUAGUCCUGACAUGGAGCCAUUUUAUUGAAAUAUUUUUCAACCGGUACUUCCUCACCUCCACUAGAGAUGCUAAGUAUGCAGCAAAGUUUGUCGAGUUGUCUCGCUUCACCCCAUAUAUGAUUCCAGAUGAGUCUAAAAAGGCGCAAAGGUUCAAGAAGGGUCUGAGACAGGAGAUUUACGAGCAAGUGACAGUCUUACAAGUGCAAAAUUUCUCAGAGCUAGUGGAUAAAGCCACCGUAGUAGCGACGAGCUGGCAAAGAAGCGCAUGGUUGCAGAACCAGAGAAAGAGUCCUAUGCCUCCUGGUUUUCAAGCUGGUGCCAACAAAGGUCCGUGGAGGAAAACUAGCAACAAUGCGGGCCAGUGA